CCCAGAGCUUCUGGAGCCCUCGCCGGCGAACCGCCAAGCCCCCAGGUUUAUCAUUUCAAGACCUCUGAGAAUCAGCAUCACACCCCUUGAGCUACAAACAGUACAAGGCUGUCUUUUGAGAAUAUGAAUCCUUAUUUCAUCGGCUUUGUUAUCCCUUUUGUGGCAUCUCUGUUGAUCACCAAGAGGAAGUCUGAAAAGAAAAGGGGAGUGUCAGUUGAUGUGGGUGGUGAGUCUGGCUAUGCCAUCCGUAACUAUAGAUUCGAACAGCCUGUCGAAACACACUGGGAAGGGAUUUUCACACUUGCGGAACUGUUUGAGCAAUCUUGCAAGCUCUAUGCCCAUAUGCCCCUGCAUGGCACCAGGAAGCUCAUUUCAAGGGAAACAGAGGUAGCCUCUGAUGGAAGAUCUUUUGAGAAGCUCCAUUUGGGGCAGUAUGAGUGGAAAAGUUACAUUGAAGCAUUCAGGGCUGUCUGCAACUUUUCGUCUGGUCUAGUGCAAAUCGGGCACCAGAAGGAUGAGCGUGUUGCUAUCUUUGCUGAUACACGAGCUGAGUGGCAGAUUGCAUUACAGGCAUGCUUCAGACAAAAUAUUACCGUUGUCACCAUUUAUGCCUCCUUGGGGGAGGGAGCGCUUUGUCACUCACUAAAUGAGACUGAGGUAACUACGGUGAUCUGCGGACGGAAAGAACUAAAAAAGCUUAUUGAUAUAAAUGGGCAACUUGAUACUUUGAAACAUGUCAUCUACAUAAAUGAGGAAGGUGUCUCAAGUGAAGUAUCCUUGGCUAAACAAUGCACUAGCUGGAAAGUUGAGUCAUUUGAGGAGGUAGAGAGGUUAGGACUGGAAACACCAGUGGAAGCAAAUUUGCCUCUCCCAUCUGAUACUGCUGUGAUAAUGUAUACAAGUGGAAGCACUGGAAUGCCCAAGGGCGUCAUGAUGAGCCACCGCAAUGUCCUGGCUACUGUAUCAGCUGUUAUGACUAUUGUUCCUGCACUUGGUAAGAGGGAUGUAUACUUGGCGUACCUCCCGCUUGCACACAUUCUUGAGUUGGCAGCUGAGACGAUCAUAUCUGCUGUUGGGGCUUCUAUAGGAUAUGGAACACCUUUGACCCUGACUGAUACAUCAAAUAAAAUAAAAAAAGGAACUCAAGGUGAUGCUUCUGCACUGAAGCCAACACUUAUGACUGCCGUACCUGCUAUACUUGACCGUGUUCGUGAUGGCGUGAGAAAAAAUGUAGAUGCGAAGGGUGGUCUAGCAAAGAAACUAUUUGAUAUAGCCUACAGCCGUCGGCUAGCUGCUGUCAGAGGAAGUUGGUUUGGUGCAUGGGGAUUAGAGAAGCUCAUGUGGGAAAAGCUUGUCUUCCACAAGGUGCGUGCCAUCUUGGGAGGACGGAUUCGUUUUAUACUUUCAGGUGGAGCGCCUCUCUCUGGAGAUACUCAAAGAUUUAUCAAUAUAUGCCUUGGGGCUCCUAUAGGGCAAGGAUAUGGUCUGACUGAAACGUGUGCUGGCGGGACAUUUUCUGAGUAUGAUGACACAUCUGUUGGUCGUGUUGGUGCUGCACUGUCCUGUUCCUACAUUAAGUUGAUAGACUGGGUCGAAGGUGGAUACUUGACAAGUGAUUCACCAAUGCCUCGGGGUGAAAUAGUCAUUGGAGGCCCAAACGUAACAAAAGGUUACUUCAAAAAUGAGGCCAAAACAAAUGAGGUCUACAAGGAUGAUGAAAGAGGCAUGCGUUGGUUCUACUCUGGCGACAUUGGACGUUUGCACCCAGAUGGCUGCCUCGAAAUCAUCGACCGCAAGAAGGAUAUUGUUAAGCUUCAACAUGGUGAAUAUGUAUCUCUAGGAAAGGUGGAGGCAACUUUGAGUGUGAGCCCGUAUGUUGACAACAUCAUGGUCCAUGCCGACCCCUCCCAGAACUACUGUGUUGCGCUCGUUGUAGCUGCAGCCACUGAACUGGAAAACUGGGCCUCAAAACAAAGUCUCACAUAUGCUGAUAUGUCUGAUUUGUGCCAGAAGCAAGAGGCUGUCAGAGAAGUUCUUCAAUCGUUAACCAAGGCUGGUAAGCAAGCGCGCCUGGAGAAGUUUGAGAUCCCUGCCAGAAUUAAGCUGAUACCAGAGCCAUGGACGCCCGAGUCAGGUCUCGUCACAGCUGCCCUCAAGCUCAAGAGGGAGGUCAUCAAAAAGGGUUAUGAGAAUGAUCUUGCUAAGCUGUACAGAUAG